AUGAAUAAGACUAAAAGUGUCAGAUUUCGGGAGACAAUAGAUGUGUAUAUUUGUUCUUCAUGCGACACAAUCGAUACAGAAGAUGACAGCGAUUUGAGUGAACUAGCUCUAAAUUUAGCUCAGAGGGCCAUCGCCGCUGCUAUUAACACUGUGGAAGGUAGUAAUCCUGCUUGGGUGCCUAAAGGACUGUCUCCUAUGUCACACUACCAGGCAACUAACAAAUUUACACCUUGUUUGCAGAAGAACGCGCCAUCAAAAAUAUCAAAUGGAUCACACACGGUGAAUUCACAGCAGAAAGGGGCCACUUGGGAGUAUCAAGACCGCUGGGUGCACUACACAAAGUUGAUAGAGACAAAAGAUGUGGUACACAGCUUCCACUACAUCUACUCUGUACGCUGGAGCAUCCCAACCGCUAACACACCCACGGCACUAGGCUCUGCCUCUGCCUUCUUCACUAUCAAGUUCAACAAAAACAAACCUCCGGAUGCACCCGUUGAUGUCUCUUUUAUCUUUGAGGGCCAGUCAUUAGUUCACAGACCAGGAAAGACUCGCUUUCGAGAAAAAUGGACGAGGGACCUUGUUGAGGCCAAACAUAUUUUAAUGGAGUCAAAUCCCUUCUAAUUCAAUUAUGUCUGA